AGGCCGUGGUGGUGCAGAUAAUAGCUUUCCUGAAGAAGCUUGGAUGGAGAUCUUGCUGCCAUACCUAGCUGCGUAACACAGGCAUCUCAGGAGCAGUCGAGGUGGUGAGGUAGAGGAGAGCUAUCACUGUUGCUGCUCAGAAAGCUUGGGGUCAGAAGCUCCACCGAGAGGAAGACUGCAAGAGCCACAGCGUGUGCAAGGGUUUUCAAGUCUGUAUUCCUCGAGUGGCAACUGUUCCUUGGCUGAGUGGGAUGUUCCAGUACUUACUUUUCUCUAUUUGCUUCGUUGCCCAGUUGCAGCCAGUGUCUUCGAUGGCUCUGGACCCCUGCUCUGCCUACAUCAGCCUGAAUGAGCCCUGGAGGAACACAGAUCACCAAAUAAAUGGUUCUCACGGCCAACCCACCUGUGACAAUCAAAUCAAUGGGGAGUGGUACCGCUUCACUGGCAUGGCUGGCGAUGCCAUGCCUACGUUCUGUAUCCCUGAGAACCACUGUGGGACUCAUGCUCCCAUUUGGUUGAAUGGCAGCCAUCCGCGAGAAGCAGAUGGCAUCGUCCUGCGUCAAGCCUGUGCCAGCUUCAACGGCAACUGCUGCCUUUGGAAUACCACCAUUGAUGUCAAGGCAUGUCCAGGCGGGUACUACGUCUAUCACUUAACCAAGCCCAGCGUUUGUUUCCACGCGUACUGUGGACAUUUCUAUGACAUCUGCGAUGUGGUAGAUUGCCAGGGCUCCUGCCUGGACACUAAUGACUGUGUGUGUUCCCCGGGGACGACACUAGGACCUGAUGGACAGACCUGUCUUGAUGAGAAUGAAUGUGAGCAGGGGAAUGGAGGCUGCAGUGAAUUAUGCAUCAACCUGAAGAACUCCUACCGCUGUGAGUGUGGGAUUGGGCGCACCCUGGGAAGUGAUGGGAAAACCUGCGAAGAAAUUGAAGGUUGUCACAAUAACAACGGAGGCUGCAGCCAUACCUGCGUUGAAGUGGAGGACACAUACCAGUGUGAGUGUCCAAGGGGACUGGUUCUGUCGGAAGAUAAUCACACUUGCCAAGUGCCAGUGCUGUGCAAGUCUAGCUCUAUUGAAGUGAGCAUCCCAAAGGACCUGGUUGGAGGCCUAGACCUUUCUCUCAUUAACACUUCCUGCAAAGGAGUAUCCAACGGCACUCACGUCAACAUCCAUUUCUCCUUGAAGUCCUGUGGCACUGUUGUAGAUGUAAUAAAUGAUAAAAUUAUUGCCACCAAUCUGGUGACUGGCUUGCCAAAGCAGACUCCAGGAAGUAACGGGGACAUCAUUGUCCGUACCAGCAAGCUGCUGAUCCCGGUGACCUGUGAGUUCCCACGCCGGUAUACCAUCUCCGAAGGCUAUGUGCCCAACCUCAAGAACUCCCCCUUGGAAAUUAUGAGCCGCAACCAAGGCAUCUUCCCCUUCACUCUUGAGAUCUUCAAAGACAAAGAAUUUGAUGAGCCUUACAGGGACACCCUUCCCACCCUCAAGCUUCGGGACUCUCUGUAUUUUGGGAUCGAGCCAUUGGUACACGUCAGUGGACUAGAGACACUGGUCGAGAGCUGCUUUGCCACUCCCACCUCAAAAAUUGAUGAGAUCUUGAAGUACUACCUGAUUCAAGAUGGCUGCGUUUCUGAUGAUUCGGUGAAACAGUACACGUCAAAGGACCAUCUUGCCAAGCACUUCCAGGUUCCCGUGUUCAAGUUUGUGGGCAAAGACAACAAGGAAGUGUUCCUGCACUGCCGCAUCCUCGUGUGCGGGGCACUGGACGAGAGCUCCCGCUGCGCCCAGGGCUGCCGGAGACGAAUGCGCAGGGCAGCCAAGACGGAGGAGGAGGAAUCCGGUCACGUGGCGAACCACGUCCUGACAGGUGGUCCCAUCAGAAUUGACUUUGACGAUUAACACCCGCUUGCUGGCGCAGCAUCUCCGCCUGAGACUGACUGUCUGCAUCGGUUCCUUCUUUCGUGGGCCUUUGAGAAAUAAGAGCCCCACUUGAACCUCCUCUGGGCUUGUUUCCCUAACAGCCCGAUGCUUAUUUGUGAAAUAUGUUAGACACCCGGGGCAACUCUCUGAGUGCAACCCAGACUGCAGAAUAGUCCAGUUUUACCUACAUUUCUGUCGGGUGAAAGGACUCUGUUGCUUCACAGGCCUAAAGUGUUACCUGACUUUUUUUUCCAUACAUCCGCCCAGAGGCUCCACAGGACUGUUCGUCCUUAACCAAACAAACGUCGUUCAAGCCCUUCUUUCAGCAGACAAUACAAAUAGUGUCGUAGCCAAACGUGUUUGCUCUGCAAGUCUGUGAACGAUGCUGAAAGUUUUGAGUGUGUUGAGCUUUUGGAUGACCAUUAAUAAAAAUAUAUAUAUAUAUAUAAAAAUAUAUAUCUCAUGAUAUGCAUGUUCCUCAGAGCUGUAAUGCAGCUAAAGCUCAGAACUAUCACAGGCACAUUUGAAUGUUAUUUUUAAAUAGUAAAAAGUAUUUAAUAAUUUUUUUAUUUCCUCCUGAUAGUUGCAUGCAGUAUAACAGUAUUUUCUCUUGUAUUUAGCACAUCAUUAUUUUCUGUCUUCCCCCUUCAGCAACCUGGUGCCUUUUGUAAGUGUUAUAGUGCCUUUGUUGUAAGAAAAAGAUAAUUAAAAACCUAAA